AUGUCUGCGCUAACUGAUGUUAAUCGGGGAGAAUUCACGUGGAAGAUCAGCAACUUCACCGGGCUGAUUGAGCAGAUUCUUUAUUCUGAACCAUUCACAGUUUCUGGAUGUCAAUGGAGAAUCAUCGUAUACCCCAAGGGGAACAAGACAGACCAUUUGUCGCUGUACCUCCAUGCCGAUGAUUCUGCGACGCUGCCGGACGGGUGGACGAAGUUCAGUUUGAGUGUGAUCGAUCAAACCAUUGAUGUUCGCUCUAUUAGAAUAGAGACGCAACGUCGUUUCAACGAGAGAGGAGGAGGCUGGGGUUACGCAAGUUUCAUGCCAUUGACUUUGCUUCAUAAUCCUAGGUUUGGAUACAUAGCAAAUGACACUUUGGUUAUUAAAGCCGAAGUUUGGGUCUCAACAGUUGCUCCUCUGGUAAAUAGUCGGCUGGCUAGACCAAUUGAUAGCUUUGACUCCUAUUUUAUUGGUCUGGAGGAACUCAUCAAUGGUGCUGAGAAUGAUGGUGCUAGUGUAGGACCAAGUUCGUGCCACCAAGAUGGUGCUUUGACUGCUGAAAUUCCUAGUUUAGAAGAAAUUGAGAAGGCUAAGCAGUCUUUGAAGGAAUGCCUUUCGGAUCUCUUUAAAUUGAAUAUGAAAGAGAGGCUAUCAGAGGCACUGUCAACUUUAACCUCGGCCAGAACUGGAUUGUCAUUGAAGCAACAAAGAGCAAUUGAGACAUUUCAGGCCAAUUUCAAUGAUUUCACUUCCGACUUCUUAGCAUUUGAGCAGGACAAUGCUGAGUUUGAGCUGCAUAAACUUCAGAAGGAUCAAAGGUUCGCUGAUUUGAAGAAAUGCCACGAGACUCACAUCCUGUAUAGGCAAUUAAUGGAUGAGCUCAUCAAGGAAGAGGAGGAAGUGAAGUCUAGGAGGGAGAAGCUUCUCUCAGACUGGGAUAUCUUAAUGGUUGACUCCGAAGAAGCAAAGUCGGGCUACAAAGAUGAGCAGAAGAAAGUAGCCGAGGCUGAGGAAAAGAAGAGAAUAGCCGAGGAAAGAAUGUCUAGAUCAACUGGUGCUUGGGCCAAUUUGAAGGCUCAAUUCUGCUAAAACUUUUAUGG